UGUGGCUCAGUACGGAAGUAGCAGCAGGAAGUUUCUCUCUCGUGCAUGUCACCUGUUUCUUCUGUUCUGUUUGUGCUGAAGCAUGAGCGCGUCGUUAGCGGUGCAGAGGUUAGCGGCUGUGAGCGGGGCUCUGGCGGUCACCGCCGGCGCUUAUGGGGCUCAUGGGUUCAGACUGAGUAACAGGGAUGAGUACCAGAGAGAGCUCUACAGCACAGCCAAUACCUAUCAUUUCUACCACAGUUUGGCUCUUUUGGGAGCCUCUCGAUGCAGGAAACCUGCUCUGGCUGGAGCAGUUCUCCUGACAGGCAUGGGCUGCUUCUGUGGUCCUCUCUACCACCAGGCUUUAACGGGUGAUCCCACCUUCAGCAAGCUGGCACCCAUCGGGGGUGUGCUUUUCAUCGUUGGCUGGCUUGCAAUGGCUGUCUGAGCUUUGACCUUCCAUUUCUUUUCUACACAGCCUCCUGAUUGUUGACGAUUGCUUUCUGACAGGGAGUGUUAAAUUUGAGUGUUAAGAGCUGGAGAUAUGAGGUGGAGGGUGGAGUUGUUGAGUCACAUCUGGAAGAUGAUGAUAAAGCUUUAGGAUCACUCUUUCUUAUUACAGAAAUAAAUUUCUUUAUACAGAAAAACUCUAGAGUUGUGAUAAUAUGAUCAGUAGUUGGCUACAUUCACAUUAUAUAGUGGCACAUAUCUUUUAUUUUUUUGUGUGUGACAGUGACGUAGGCUUGUUUUUUUAUUUUAUUAUUAUUUUUUUUCUUUUCAGAGCUGCAAAUCUAAUCUUCUCAAUCCAAUCCUAGUGCUGUUACAUAUCCAGGACAUGGCCAAUUGGAAUUCAUGUUUUUGAAUUAUAUCAUAUUACUGUCCAACAUUGGCAGCUUGCCAGCAGGGCCUUACUUUAAAAAAUGGAUGACUGCCAGUAAUAAUAGGGGAAAAAAACCCCAGCAAAAACCUCUAGCCGUUUUGCCUUCAUGCCCUAAUCACUAACAGCCAGUGAAAUGCCAGUCAACCACCAAAGCACAUAAUCUUUAAGAUUAGAAGACUUGUGCUGCUUGCUUAUUCCUUUCCCUGUGAUGGAUUGACUUUUUUGUUGUUGUUCAUGAUACAUUUGGCUCAUGCAUGUGAUCUUGAUUUCAGAAAUGUUCCAUUUACAAAUGUAAAUCAUCAAGGCUGAUUAAAUCCAGGCAAAAAAAAAAAUCAUAUUUGAAAGAUAAGGCAUAGUCCAAGUGUGUGUCUUUUUAAAUUGUGAUUUAGCACCUUUGUUUCUCAGGUUGAAAAAUAAAUCUAUCUGAGGAAGUGAUUGCCAGGUUGACCUUCUGAUAUUGUGGAGGAGAAGGCUUGGUGAAUAAGUUUCACAGGUCAGUGUUGAGAUGUCUCAAUAACCCUUCGGGGAUUGAGCUUGUGAGCAAAAUGGCACAAAGCUGUCCAUUACUGUCAGCGCUCAUUUUAAAGCGGCCAGAGUUCCAACAUCUCUGUAUUCAAAUGAAGAGAAAAAUCUAUAGAAGCGCUAAAUCCUGGAUCCCUGACUUUAUGCCGAGCACCGGAUUUGGGGACCUUUUUAGAAAAUUGGUUAAUAAAUCUCCAGCUCAGUUUGCAAGGCCUGGCUCGUAAGCAUGGAGAGGGGGUCUCAUAUAGACACUGCAUGCCCCAAUAAACCCUGAUAGUCUCGCAUAAAACCCUCAUUAAUUGGGUCUAUUAGCGCCACUGCACAAAUCGGGGUCAAGCAAUCAAAGCCACUUGAGUCCGCACUGCAUCGGGCCUGUGGGAGAGCACACACUUCCCAGCACAAAUAGGGCAUCUAUCUUGAAAAUAAGGGUCUCAGCUGAUCUAACUACAUUUUAUAAUGAUUUUAAAUGUCACUGUCACAUUUAAUUGGGCCUAAUUUGGAGUUGAGGUCUCCUGAGGAUCUCGGUGUUAGGGGAAGUGUUAUAAAACUUGUACGUGGAGGCUGUUUUGAUGUUUUUUUUUUUUUUUUUUGGAUUUCCUUCGCAUUUUUUCCCCUCUGCCCUGACAUUUUGCUAGUGCAGGAAUUAUACCACCCACUCAUUACCGGAGUCAGAUCAGCGUCUCCUUGUUAAAAUCCAUAAGGGUAUAGCAUUCCUCUCUGCUCUGGGAGACCUGCUAUGCUCUUAUGGACCAUGAAGUGUCUGUGUUCUCUCUCAUCUAUUUUCUCUCAGCUGUUUGGGAAGGUUUGCACUGCAGAAGUCACUGUCUUACAUGCCUGGCACCUCGCCACAGUCUUUGCGGUCACUCUGUUAGUCAGUUCUCGUGUUAUCUCUGUGUGCUGGAGCUCAGAGCUGAGCCACAGCAUUGUGGGUAAUUAGCGUGGUGGCUGAGGUGCUUGUAGCUGAACCACCGUCCAGCAUGAUAGGCAGGGUGCACAAAAGAUAUCCCUAAUUGCAUUUCACCUGUCCCUCUUUUAUCUGCCUUGUCUCAUUCACACACACACACACACACACACACACACACAUUUCUUUAAAGGAAUACUCCAUAUCUCCAUAUCUCUAUCUGUACUGCAUGCGUGAUUACCACAACAAGAAUUUCAGCACCUUUAUUGAGAUAAGAACAGAAAACCUGUUUGCUCAAAACUGAAGUCUAAGGGGCAGUUGUUAAAUUCUUUCAGUAAAUGUCUAUGCAAAACAUUUUUGUAGAACAUUUUCGAGAUUCAUUCAUUCAUCUUAAGUAAACACUUUAACCUGGAAAAAAGUCAUGGUGAAUCUGUGAAUCUGGAGUCUAUCCUGGGAACAAUGGGGGGAAAGGCAUGAGAAUUCACCCUGGAUGAGAUGCCAGUCCAUUGCAGGGCACCAUGCGCACACACUCACAUUCUCACCUACGGCCAAUUUAGUGUUGCCAGUCGGCUUACCUGCAUGUUUUGGGACAGUGGUAGGAAACCAGAAGAACCUGCAGGGAACCCAUGCAGACACUGGGAAAACCAGUAAAACUCAACACACACCUGGGAUCCUUUAGCUGUGAGGCGGAAACACUACCCACUGCUCCACCAUGUCGCUUCGACAUUUAUUCAGUCAAAGGUAUUUGCAAAUUGAGCUCUAAAUCUGUAGAUAGGUGUGGGAUUAUCUCUUGUUGUGUGUGUGACUUGUGCACAAGUGCAGGCUUGAUCAAGCAUGGAUACCACAGAACGUUUGGAAGCUGCUGUUUACUGUAUUGCUCCAGUCAUAUUUCAAAUUUCAAAUAUUUCAUAUUUCAAUUGCACAAUUGUCCUUAGACUUAGCAUGUUUUCUGUUCUUUUCUCAUUAUAUGCAAAGAAGUCCAAAAAUUUAAUCUGUGGCAUUCACUCAUACGUUACAGAUGUGAUUUCUAAAGAUUAUGUUGAAACAAGCUUGUGUAUUUUAUUAAUUCUCUUCCUCUGCACAUCCAGACAGCCUGUAAUUCUCUCGCUUCACUGAGCUUAGAGCUCAACUGAUUUUCGACUACCUGUCCAAGUAGGAAUGACAAUGGCUCUGAAUAAUUACACACACACAUACACACACACAUUCUAUUCUAUUCAAUUCAAUUCAAUUCUGUUUGUAUAAUGCUUUUAACAAUGGACAUUGUCACAAAGCAGCUUCAGAGAAAUACAUAAAUUCCUGGAUAAAUUCUGUCUUAAAGGAAAAUUUAAAAACAUUAAAUGGCUUUCUCUUGAAA